GCGGAAGGUGGCGCUCCCGGCUCGCUGCUGCGGCGGCCGCCGUUGGGGAGCGUGGGAGCGGCCGAGCUGGCCCCCGGCGGUUGCUAUGGAGAGCAGGGGAGAGGGGGGAGCGUGACCGUGGCCCCUCCCUUCUUCCUCCCGGUCUCGCCCUACGCAAAUUGCAGGUCUCCAGACUGAGGUUCUGCUGAAGUAGUGUGUGCUACCUUUGGUCAGCGCCAGGCUAAGACACCUCUCUCGUGUUGGUGAUGUGAGGGUGCGAAGCAACAGAAAAGAAGUUCCAGAUCUGGAUGAUGAAAAAUUUCCUGGUUUCUAUGCUUGUCUUGAGAAUGGAUCUUUCUUUUGCAUAGUUCCAAAUUCGUGAAACUUGUCAUCAAAGGAUCAUCUUUUCUUCUUGGAUGGAUUGAUUAUUACUUGUUUGUGUUCAAUGGGACUUCGAAUUCACUUUGUGGUUGACCCUCAGGGUUGGUGCUGCAUGGGCCUGAUAAUCUUUGUUUGGCUGUACAAUACAAUCUUCAUUCCAAAAGUCAUCCUUUUUCCUCACUAUGAAGAGGGGCAUAUUUCAGCUGUGGCAAUUUUGUGUUAUUACCUCUGCUCAUUGUUUUGUAUAGCUUCUUUAGUAAGAGCCUCAGUUGCUGAUCCAGGAAGGCUACCUGAAAACCCAAAGAUUCCAAUUACAGAAAGAGAAUUUUGGGAAUUAUGUAACAAAUGCAAUAUGAUGAGACCAAAGCGUUCACACCAUUGUAGUCGUUGUGGACAUUGCGUGAGGAGGAUGGAUCACCACUGUCCAUGGAUUAAUAAUUGUGUUGGUGAAGACAAUCAUUGGCUGUUUUUACAGCUGUGUUUCUACACUCAAAUUCUUAGUUCCUAUACGCUGCUACUUGAUUUCUGCCAUUACUACUACUUUUUGCCUCUGAAAAAAGAUAACUGGGACUUUUUUGUAUUUAGACACGAACUUGCUCUUCUAAGAAUAUCUGCCUUCAUGGGUAUAAUAAUAUUAGGCGGAAUAAGUGGACUCUUUUACACUCAGCUAAUUGGUAUUUUCACUGACACAACAAGCAUAGAAAAAAUGUCGAACUGUUGUGAAGAUGUAUCGAGGCCCCGAAAGCCAUGGCAGCAGACCUUCUCAGAAGUUUUUGGCACUCGCUGGAAGAUCCUGUGGUUUAUUCCUUUCAGACAGAGGCAACCACUGCGAGUUCCCUACCACUUUGCCAAUCACGUCUAAACAGAUGGAUGGUGGGCACAGAUGGGUCCUCCAUGCUGGAAGUGUGUUACAGGUUUUAUGAUGAUAGGACUAUGACAGUCUUCAACUCAAUUAAAAACCCACCAAUUGUAGACAUCACAGUGUGUCCCAAGCUUUAUUUUCAUUGUGGUCUUGAUUCUGGUCUGAAAUUAAUACAUUUUGUAUGUUUACAUUUAGAUAUAUUCACUUUCAAAUUAGCUUUCCAAAAAGAUUUCAUUUGUCUUUGAAGUUAAUAGUAAAAACAAAAAAACAAAUGCAGUCUUACGCUAUUUGUUUGGUAAUAAUGACUCUCUUUUCUUUUUUUUUCUCUGGAAGGAAACACUGAAGUUUACAUUGAUUGUUAGCUUUCCCUCUAAGUGUCUUAAUAUUAUUAUUUUUUUUUUUACUGUUUCUACGUGUAGGUCUCCUAGAUAAUAUUGAGGUCUCUGGUUCUGCUGCAUGUAUUUAAAAUUCUCCUAUACUGCCAUUUAUUUGUGAUGAUUGACAUGAUUUUAACCAUGCAGCACAGCACUAUAAAAGGUAGCAUUUAAAACAAGCAGACGUUUUCCUAAACUUUUGUCUGAGAAGUUAUAUAAAUACAUGUAUAUGUUUAUAUAGAGAGAUCUUAUAGUCAUCCUUUUGAAUAGAUAUAGUCUCAGUGGAAAAUACUAAUGUAUUUAUGUCAGCAAAAGCUAAGAAAAGCCACAGGGUAAAAUAUGCACAUGCAAAGCAUGUUUUCCCUAACACCCCAAGGACUUCUUUGCAAUAAUUCAACAACAACAAAAAUUGUGUGGUACAUACACAAGAAUGAUUACUUUUUAAAAAUACAUAUUUAAUUUGUUGGCAUAAUGUACCAUAAGAAAUAGUAUAUUAAAUAGUAUAUAUAAACAUUUUACAUUUUCUCUUCCUUAGUCAGUUAGCUGGAAUUGAUUUAGGUGUUUAUAAAUGGGAAGUAUUUGUGAAAAUAUUUAAAAGUAUUUAUAUAGAGAUAUAGAUAUUUGCUACUAAGAGGGAUGGCAUACUAUACUGAUUACGAUAGCUUGUUUUGGGCCCUUUAUUUAUGGAAAUAAUUAACCAAAGAAAGCAUCAUUUUCGUUGUGGUGGAAUGACAAUGAUUCCCAAAACUGGCUUAACUUUUCUGAAUCUGGAAAAAAAUAUGUAAUUUAUGAUAGCCUUGUAUAUCUGUACAAAUGCUAGCAUUUGUAGUAGUGGUAGUUUUUAGAGGUAGUAGUGGUGAUUUUUGAAAGUUCUGUGAAUUUUCAGGGGAGAUUCUCAGCUGCAAAGCCUAUAGUGUUUGUUGUCUAGUCUAACAGGACCAAAAUCCACCUUAAAUUAAUCACAGAUCAAUCACCUUAGGGUUGUGAUUAAUGGUUCUGUGUCAGGAUAGAGGCUGAUCACAAGUGGUGUCUCUCAGGGGUUGGUCUUGGGACCGGUGCUCUUUUACAUCUUUAUCAAUGACAUCGAUGAUAGCAUUGAGUGCACCUCAGAAAGUUGUCGGAUGACACCAAGCUGAGCGGUGUGGUUGAUACAGUGGAUGGAAGGGAAUCCAUCCAGAGGGACCUGGACAGGCUGGAGAAGUGGGACCUAAUGAGGUUUGACAAGGCCAACUGCGUGGUGCUGCGUUUGGGUUGGGGCAAUCCCAGGAAUUUAUACAAACAAAGGAAGAUCUCUUUGAGAGCAGCCACACGGAGAAGGACUUGGGGGUCCUGGUGGAUGAGAAGCUGGACAUGAGCCAGCAGUGUGUGCUUGCAGCCCGGAAGGCUGACUGUGUUUUGGGCUGCAUUAAAAAAGGGGUGGCCAGCAGGGAGAGGGAGGUGAUUGUCCCCCUCUACUCAGCUCUUGUGAGGCCCCAUCUGGAGUACUGGGUCCAUUUUUAAAAAGCACAAGAAAGAUGUAGAGCUCUUGGAGCAGGUCCAGAGGAGGGCCACUAAGAUGGUCAGAGGGUUGGAGCACCUUUCCUAUGAAGAAAGGUUGAGGGAACUGGGCUUGUUUAGCUUGCAGAAGAGAAGGCUCCAGGGAGACCUCAUUGUGUACUUGAAGGGAACUUAUAAACAGCUGUUGUGGAUAGUGAUAGGACAAGCAGGAAUUGUCUUAAACUGUCACGGGGGAGGUUUAGGUUAGAUAUUAGGAUGUUUUUCACUCAGAGGGUGGUGAAGCACUGGAACAGGUUGCCCAAGGAGGCUGUGGAUGCCCCAUCCCAGGAGGCAUUCAAGGCCAGGCUGGAUGUGGCUCUGGGCAGCCUGGUCUGCUGGUUGGCGACCCUGCGCAUAGCAGGGGGUUGAAACUACAUGAUCAUUGUGGUCCUUUUCAACCCAGGCCAUUCUAUGAUUCUGUGAUUCUAUGAUUAAAUGACAGCCAAGUGAUGGUAAUUUUUAAAGGCACAGGCAGAGAGUGUACAGCAUGUAAUCUGAGUUUGCAGCAAAUCAGUUAAUUUGCAAACAGUUCAUUGAGGGUGAAGGGCUAAAUUUGUCAUGAAUGCUAUUCAUAAUGAAUUUUUAGAUUUGCUCCUUAAAAUGUUAAUGCAGUCACUGCUUAUGGUGGAUGUUCCUUUACGGAACUAACAGGUUUGAUCAUUGAAAAUGCUAGAAGAAUCAUCUUAAAGUAACUUGAAUUUUAACCUUUUUCUGAGCUUUUAACGUUUGAACUGACUUCCCUUCUCUCUUUAAAAAUAAAUACAAUACUUUCUUAUUUUAAAUUUUGAGCCUAAUAUUCAACUGUUCUCUGUUGCUGCAUUUAUAGAUGUGACUUCAGAAUUUAAGAUCAUAAUUGGCAGCAGUCCAUAAACAAAGAUGAGCUUGAGGAAAGUGGAUAAAAAGGCUAGACUAGCACUUGAAAUUAAAAAUAAUAUUUGUAUUUAUUAUAAAGUAAUGCCUGUAUUCACUUGUCUUUGGAAGGACUUCAAUUACUAUAGUCUCUGUAAAACACUUAAGAGAAUAAUAGAGGUCAGUUUUGGUUUAUGUGCCAAUUUUUUAAUGAGAAAAACUCUGUUUUUGUUUUUAAAAAUUUUUCAUGCUAAUCAGUUUUCAUAGCAGGUCAUUACACUUUGAUGCUUGUUAGGAGAGAGGAUCAAGAAUAUAAUUAUUUGUGAUACAUUUGUGAUGGGGGAUAUAUUUCAUUCCUUCUGUUUUUUGAUAUCACGUGGUUAACUGUACAAUUCUAUAACCAAUAGAUAUAUAACCAAUAGAAUAGAUUAUACAUAUAGAGAACCAAUUCUAUAAAUACAGAAUCCUCUCAACUCUGUGAACAUCAGUUAAAAUUUUUUUACAUGAUAUAUACAAUGAAAUGAUGACACCAGUGAAUGUUACCUGUUCUGUGGGGAUAUAAUUUCAACUCUGUUCCACUAUUUUCAAAAAGGAGGAAAUAUGAAACAGAAAAAAAUCUGUCCUGAUAAGGCACAGACUGGGGAUAAACAUGCUCUGAGUGCAUAACAGGGCAUGCAUAUAAACAUCCUUGCACUUUUUCUCAUGCUUUACAGUUAAUGCUGAUUAAUUUUUAGGCUUGAGACAUUACUAUGUGUUUGGUCUCUGAGAUUGUGUAGUUAUUUUCAGACUGUAGUCUGCCUAGCUAAUGCUCCAGUGUGAAGUAGAGCCUUUCCUCUCUUAUUCUCGAAGUGCCCUCUUUUGGCCAUAUUAAGCAACGACAGUUGACUCUUGGCCUGAAGCAAGAAUGGUGUGCAGCUGUUAUUCUUCCUUAGUGCACACUGGUUAUCUGGAGCAAUAAUUGCAUGAUUUGGGUGUGUGUCUGUGCUAGUGGAAAGAGGAACGUUGCAAGACAAAACUGCAUCUUAAAUGGACACAGUCUUGGGCCCACAUCAAAUGUUUUGUAGCACAUGCAAGUUUUCUAGAAAAUGUGUAGAUCGGUUGACUUUUCUUUUGAACAAUAAAUAAUAAAUAAAAUUGCAUUCUAAAGCACUUAAUCA